ACAAAUUGCCAAAAUCCGAAGGCAUUCACCUCACUUUCCGCCACGAAAAUCGGUUUCUCUCACAAAAUCAAAACCGUCUUCUAUAACUUUGUAUUCUCUCCCAUUCCGUUGUCAUUGGGUUUUGGCUUGGCUACGGUGGGUGGUUGUCGUUUCUGUGUAUGGCCGUGAGAUUAUCUGUAUCCGGGCAUGAAGUAUCCGAUCUAUGUCUUGGCAAACCUUCACUCCGGUCCAUUUCUAUCACCGACACCAUAGCCGACGCUAUUAACGCCAUCAAAAAGUUCGGUCAUUCUUAUUUAAGCGUUUGGAAUUGUCACCAUUCUCUCACCGAUAAAAAACCCAAAACCCUAAUUGCUAAUCAAAGGGAAGCUGAUUUUCGUUGUGAAUGUAUUGGAAGGGUUUGUAUGGUUGAUGUUAUUUGUUUUCUCUGUAAACCGGAUAAUCUAUCUUCCCCUUACGCAGCUCUUCAGUCUCCUGUUUCAGUUCUCUUUGACGGAGAUAGUUCUUCACUCGUUCGCCAUAUUCAACCCAAUGCCAGAUUAUUGGAGGCAAUAGAUGCAAUGUACGAAGGGGUGCAGAAUGUGGUGAUUCCAAUAUUGGAUGAAAAGAGAUGGAAGAAAAAAGAGAAUGAAACUUUGGACUUCAAUAUUUUGCACAAUGACGAUCGUGCUUACUGUUGGCUUACUCAAGAGGAUGUAAUGCGCCACCUUCUUAACUCAAUUAGGGUAUUUUCCCCUUCACCCGCAACCGAUAGCAUCAUUACGCUCGGUAUUAUAGACACACAAAAUCUGUUUGUUCUUUACUAUGAUGACCCAGCAUCCUCUGCUUUGGAGCUUCUCAAGUCUGCCAUUGUACACCAAUCGUCGGUUGCUGUUGUUGAUCCGCAGGGUAAGCUCAUUGGAGAGAUCUCACCUUUUUUGUUGAACUCUUGCGAUGAAGCUGUUGCCCCUGCACUGGCAACUCUAUCCGCUGGUGAUGUACUGUUUUACAUCGACUGCGGUGGUCCCCCGAACGAUUUAGUUCAGCUGGUAAAAGAGAGGCUGUAUGAGCAGAAUCAUGGCGCGGCCGUGGAGUUACUUGGGGAGGAAACAAGACUUCCUUCAUGGUCAUCGUUUUCCUCGACAUCAUCGGAGGAAGAUGUUUGCUCGUCAGGGAAGAAUUGGAAACUCGGAGGAUAUUCUUCGAGGGUUGUGAGAAGGUCAGAGGCUAUUUUUUGUUACCCUUGGAGCUCUUUGGUUGCUGUUAUGAUUCAAGCACUAGCACACCGUGUGAGCUAUGUGUGGGUUGUGCAGGAAGAUGGAACUUUGACAGGGAUUGUUACAUUUCAAGGCAUGUUGAAAAUUUUUAGAGAACACUUGUAAACCUAACACACAUAUGGGUGAAAAAUUUCACACUCACAAUGUCAUCAUGAUCAACUAAAAAACAAUUUCUGGUUGGCCAUCUUUUCUUCCUUUUUAUGUUCGAUUACGUGCGGCAUUAGUUGUGAACAAUGUCAUUGUCUAGGAUGUGUCUUUUUAUCAUUCUAGGGAGAGGGAUAAUGUUGAUGGUUUAUUUAUUGUUAUUAAUUAGAAUGUGAACAAAUUUGAAGAUUGCUUAUUAUAAAUACGACCCAAUUAGAAAA